AUGUCAACAGCAGAACCACCAAGCAAACCCCUCACAAUGCCAACAGAAGCACCACCAACAAAUGGCAACUCCUCAGAAAUGACCACCCACCCCCUCCUGAUAAACAACACCCCCCACCAAUCCCCAAGCUCCUUCCCCGUCCACUCCCCCAGCGACACUACGCACCUUCAUAACUUCUCCUCCGCCUCCCCCAGCUGCACAUCUGACGCCCUCUCUUCCGCAAGCACCGCCUUCCCUGCCUGGGCAGCCCUCCCGCCCCCCACCAAACGCGACAUAUUCCUGCAGGCCGCCUCGCUGCUAAAAUCCCGCCUCCCCUCCCUCCAAGCGACCAUGACCCGCGAAACGGGCGCCUCCCCCUCCUGGGCAGCCUUCGACACAAACCUCGCCAUCCAGAUCCUGCUCGACGUCUCCGGCCGCCUCUCCAGCCUCACCGGUUCCAUCCCCACGCCCAGCGACCCAGGUACAUCCGCGCUAGUGUACAAAGAACCCUACGGCGUGGUCCUCGCCAUCGCGCCCUGGAACGCCCCGCAUAUCCUCGGUAUGCGCUCUAUCAUCUACCCGCUCGCAGCUGGCAACACCGUGAUCUUCAAAGCGCACGAGCUAUCGCCGCUCACGCACACGGCACUCGUCACGGCGCUGCAUGAUGCCGGACUACCUCCAGGCGUGCUAACGCUACUCGCGCAUGCGCCGGCGCAGGCGGCCGAGGUUACAAGGCAGCUGAUUGAAGACCCUCGGGUCAAGAAGGUGAAUUUCACGGGGAGUACGAAUGUAGGGCGUGUGAUUGCCGAGAUGGCGGGACGAUGUCUGAAGCCUGUUGUGUUGGAGUUGGGGGGGAAGGCGCCGGCGAUUGUGUGGCGGGAUGCGGAUGUGGAGUUGGCGGCGAGGGAGUGUGCGGUUGGGGCGUUUCUGCACGGGGGGCAGGUGUGUAUGAGCACGGAGCGGAUAAUCGUGCACGAAGACAUCGCCGAGGACUUCCAGUCUGCGUUCAAGAAGGCGAUCGGGGAAUUGGGGCUCGAUGGCAAGGGGUGUCUGAUUAACGGGGCAAGUGUGCUGAAGAACCAACACCUAGUCCGAGACGCCGUUUCUCAAGGCGCGACGCUCAUCCACGGCUCUCUGCCCUCCUCCUCACCCUCUCCCGAUAACCAAAACCAAGCCCAAGCCCAAGACCAAGGCCACGGAGCCCACAUGUCCCCCCUCGUGAUAAAAAACCCCCCCCUCACCAGCUCCAUCUACAGCACCGAAUCCUUCGGCCCCACCGUCUCCCUCUACACCAUUUCCAGCGAGACCUCCGCCCUAUCCCUAGCCAACGACACAUCCUACGGCCUCAGCGCCGCGAUCUUCACCUCGGACCUGCGCC